UUUCAAACUUCGUACUCGAGCCAGCCAGUUCUUCGGUCAUACUCAAUCCAGAUGGACAAGCUUACCAUUCCGGCUUUGACGAAGGCCAACCUCGAUAAACACCAGAGGAACCUUCCCGAAAUAAAAUUGCUCAAAGCGAAAGAAGGAGUGCACGGUUUUCUCUCCAACUUGAAAUUUAAACUGUCCGAAUGCACCCGCGACAGUUGCCGCAUCCGCGACGCUGAAAGUGUGUACAUCGCCAGCAAUGACGAGCUCGGUUAUCGAGGCACUCAAGAGCCCAAACCCGACCUGGAUGAUCCCCUUUUUUGGAAGCACCGACUCCUCAAGUUCGAAACCAUAUACCAGCCCAUCAUCAAGCUAGAAUCGGCCAAGAGUGCCGUCGUGGGGUAUAUCAUCUCCAUCUAUCAACUUGGACGUGAAGGUUUCCAGUUUCUGAAAGAUUACGAGAUUUAUUUGGCGGCCCCCAAACCAGAUCUCAGCUUGCUCCGCUAUCGGUCCGAAGCACCCAACCUGGAAUCCCUCGAGUAUUGGCAAUUUCAAGUGAAAUGUCUGCAGGAGAAAUACUCUCAGAUUUGUCGGCAAAAGUUUGGGUGGGAAUCUGAUUUAACAAACCCAGCCCGGCAAAUCGAACAGAACGCACCUGUACAACCCAACGAGUAUUUUGUGGAGGACCCGACUUCUGCUUCGACCUCCAUUUCGAGCUUACUCAGGCAGGAGGAGCGACGUCGGGUCACAGACAGGUGGCUGGGCACCGCAUCAACACCCGACAACAGCCUGCCACCGGCGACGCAGCUCUCAUUCUCGUAUAAAACGAAUGUCCGGAGCAGCGCGGGGUCAGGUGCUGAAGGGCUCCUACUUCUCCCGAGCCCACUAUGGUAUAAUGCAAAGCGGAAUCGCGUCCGAGGUUCCGUUCGUGACUUGCUCUUGGGGUUGCGCAAUCAUUGCGGCAAGGAAGGCCGGCAGUUUGUGGACGCCGAUGUCUAUGUUGCCGAUGAUAUUGCACAACGUCGUGGCAAAGGUUCAAGCCUAGAGGCCGAAAUCGCCAGUGGCUACAUUAACGUUCCCGUCAUUACUAGAGAUAUUGCCUUCUGGGAAGAAAAGGAAGUUGAUCUUGGGAAUAAAUACCGACUCUUAAAUGGAAUAUCGUCGAGUUCAGAUCUUGAAGGCAACGACCGAUCGGGUGCUGACCGUUCAAACUUAACACCACAAGUAAAGGGGACAGGCAGAGGGGGGAAAUAUCAAUUUCAGGAGGUUCUAGCCUGCGAUAACCAGGAAAAUCGACCAUCAACUGCUCCAACACCGGUCCGACAGCCCAAUAACAUAUUUGAAGGGAGACCUCCUCGACGGAAACGAAAAGCAGAUGCUGCCUUUGAACAGCCCGAAACCACACGCCGUACUGCACAAUCGCGUGCGAGCCGGCGUCUCGGUGGGAAACCGCCGGAAUUCCCUGGGCUUUAGUCCGAGCACUUGGGUCGCCACGACCCUUGGCUAACAACAAGCAUUGUGGUCUUAUGGCAGGCAUAAGCGCCUUUGAACGCAAUCACUGGCCUCGUACCGGCUGUCGAGGGACGGUGGUGAAGGAAACGGGGACAGGAUUGAACCCAGUCUGACGCCGCUAGGACAUCCGCCAACUUCAGCAGCCCUAUUAUCCCCAAAUACUGCUAAACUCUCAUACUAUUUCCGGCUUGCGGGUGCUGGUUGCGUAUUUCCCAGGGCACACGAAGAUUCUUUUAGAAGUUCUUUGGCCGCUUCCUGCCCGGCAUGUCAGCCUUGAGCUAGGCGCGUGUCCGAGAUAGCGGAUCCCUAUUUACGUCCUCCUCCUCCCCGGUUUUUGCUCUCCCCAAACCUCCCCUGGAUGGCACUAAAACUCUUUUGCGCGGCUGGAACCUCCCGUUCUCGGUGGCUGCGAUGCUGAUGGGGCCCGCGGAGGACCCAGCGGCCAAUGACAGCAUCCCGUCAGGCUGGACAAGCUGUUCGGGCAUUGUUAAGUUGGAAAUUAAAAAAAUCGAUCUAAAUACAUUACGGCAAAAUCAUGGGAACAAGUUUCCACAGGCAAACACAUCCUCCAUUUUGAAACGUCUAUAGCCAAGAUUGCCACGAAAAUGGUCGUGAGCUCGCACAUGCGACUUGCUAGGUGCCUCCUGACGCCAGAUGGACACGCUUCAGCGAGACUUUGGCGCGUAAUGAUAUACCAAGCUCGCGUUUGCAUCCAAAUGGAGCCGAUUGCCACUGGUCGUGGUCUUGUAUCACAUCCCUGAGUUAGAAUUUGGCAGCCGUAACAACUUUGGAAUCUCCAAUCAAAGCUUAAACAGCACUGGCGCUCGCGACGACGCUCCCACUACCCUUACCUGUCAACCAAGGAGGAGAACAACCAACCCUGAGACGCGACUGAUCGGCGGGUUUUUUUUUGGACAAAUAACAGCACUCAACACGCGUAGAGGAGGAGGCGAUUAUUCAGAGUGGAUCAUCGUAGGAGAGAAAGGGGGGCUGGACUGCAUCUCUCACGGAACAAACUGUCCAUGUCAUUCCUACUUGGCUGCAUGCGAUAAGUAUGCUCUGGUAGUGUAUUACCCAGUACUGGCCUCUGGUUUGGAGGCAUCCUUUUCUGGGCGUCCUUUGUGGAUGCCAGUGUGCAUUAUUUGCUCAUCCCACCUUAGUCGGCGAGCAAAAAGAGCAGGUGUGGUGGGAUCUGGACUUGUGAGUUACACAGUUUCUCCUAUGUGGAGGCCGCCUUGUUUACGGCUAACUAUUCAAAACGAUUGGGCAUGAUUUGUGUUUGCCUGCGGGUGGC